UCUCUGCUCUUAAAUUUGCGGAGACGGCCGACUUUCAGAGGGAGGAAAAAAAAAAAAAAAAACAGACACGGAGAAGAAAUCGAUCGAUUCGCAGCUGGCUACAUGAUCCUGAUCUCUGAGGAGACUGACAGAGCAACCGGUCAAGAGAAGCAGCCUGCAGCCCAACCAUGGAUGACAUCUUCACACAGUGCCGAGAGGGGAACUCCGUGGCCGUUCGUCUGUGGCUGGACAACACAGAGAAUGACCUGAACUUGGGUGAUGACCACGGCUUCAGCCCCCUCCACUGGGCGUGCAGGGAGGGGAGGAGCGGCGUUGUCGACAUGCUCAUCAUGAGAGGCGCUCGCAUUAACGUGAUGAACCGCGGUGAUGACACCCCCUUACAUCUCGCCUCCAGUCAUGGACACAGAGACAUCGUGGCUAAGCUGAUCCUGUGCAAAGCCGACCCCAAUACAGUCAACGAGCAUGGAAACACACCGCUCCACUACGCCUGCUUCUGGGGCCAAGACGAGGUGGCAGAGGACUUGGUGGCCAGUGGUGCCCAGGUGUGCGUAUGUAACAGGUAUGGACAGACACCUCUGGACAAAGCCAAGCCACACCUAAGACAGCUGCUUCAAGAAAAGGCGGAGAAAAUGGGCCAGAGUAUGACCAAAGUCCCCUAUAAGGAAACUUUCUGGAAAGGCACCAUGCGAACACGACCUCGUAAUGGUACCCUCAACAAGCAGGCUGGUAUUGAUUAUAAGCAGCUUUCGCUCCUGGCAAAGAUCAAUGAGAACCAGUCUGGAGAGUUAUGGCAGGGGCGGUGGCAGGGGGAUGAGAUCAUAGUGAAGGUGCUGCAGGUGAGAGACUGGACCACCAGGAAGAGCAGAGACUUCAAUGAGGAGCAUCCGAAACUCAGGAUCUUUUCUCAUCCAAACAUUCUGCCUGUUCUUGGGGCCUGUCAGGCACCUCCAUCCCCUCACCCCAUCAUCAUCACCCACUACAUGCCGUACGGGUCCCUCUUCAACAUACUGCACCAAGGCACCACUCUGGUGGUCGACCAAAGCCAAGCCGUGAAGUUCGCGUUGGACAUUGCCAGCGGCAUGGCUUUCCUCCACACCUUAGAACCAAUGGUUUCUCGCCUUUACCUCAACAGUAAGCAUGUCAUGAUUGAUGAGGACAUGACGGCCAGGAUAAGCAUGGCAGAUGCUAAGUUCUCCUUCCAGUGUCCUGGUCGUAUGUACUCUCCAGCAUGGAUGGCCCCUGAAGCCCUGCAGAAGCGGCCUGAAGACAUCAACAGAAGAUCUGCCGACAUGUGGAGCUUUGCAGUGCUGCUGUGGGAGCUGGUUACCAGAGAGGUUCCCUUUGCUGACCUCUCACACAUGGAGAUAGGCAUGAAGGUGGCUCUCGAGGGUCUCCGGCCAACCAUUCCACCGGGGAUUUCGCCCCAUAUCUGUAAGCUGAUGAGGCUCUGCAUGAACGAAGACCCGGCCAAGAGACCCAAGUUUGACAUGAUCGUCCCCAUCCUGGAGAAGAUGCAGGACAAGUGAAUAGCUUGGCCUCAAUUUGUACACUCCUGUUACUAUGUGUCCUUUUUUUUUUUUUAAUCAUCAAACCACUCGUUAUCUUCACUCCGAUCACAUAUCUGCUAAGCCACUGUAAAUAAUGUCAGAGACCACUUCAGCUACACAGUUCAAACAAUAAGUAUGAUAUUGCUUCUCUUGUAUAAUUUAAAAUUGGGGUAUAAUGUUCUUUAGCCUGGCUAUGUUGCCCUUUUAUCACGGUUGAAACAUGUUCACUGAAACAUUGGCAAACUUUCUGAUCCAGUGCGGAUUCUAUUCAGUGACGAGUCAGACAGAGACCGACGCAAAGAAACGUGUAUAGAAACAACGCUUUCGUACACACUAGCGAAUACCAAUGCAAUAAAUGUUUUAUAUUUAU